AUGACUGCCGCUGCCCUCUCCUUCGUUGUCACUCUUCUACUGACAGGCGCUGCAGCUUCUCCAUUGACAAGGCGAUUGGAAAAUGGUGUUGGUACGAAGCCGGCUCUGGGCUGGAACAAUUACAACGCCGGGCUUUCCGCGAGCGCCGAGUCGGCCUUAGCAGCAGCGAAUGCGUUUGAGAACCUAGGCUUGAAAGAGCUUGGUUACACUUACAUCAACCUGGAUGACGGAUGGUCAACCAUGGCGCGGGAUUCCGAUGGCAACCUUGUUCCUGACCCAACGAAGUUCCCGAACGGCAUCAGGAAUGUCUCCGAUCAGAUCCAUGCUCUUGGCCUCAUGUUCGGACUGUACGGCGACUCCGGCACUGCAACAUGCGCCGGAUUCCCGGGAUCCCAGGGUUACGAGGAGCAGGACGCAGUACUGCUGGCAUCGUGGGCGGUGGACUACUGGAAGUACGACAACUGCAACACCCCUUCGGGAGAUUCGCAACCUCGGUAUGAGACCAUGCGUGAUGCUUUGCUCGCCACGGAUCGAGAUAUCUUGUAUUCGCUGUGUCAAUGGGGAGUCGAUUCCGUUUGGGAAUGGGGAGCCAGCGUGGGCAAUUCUUGGCGUGUCGGAGGCGACAUCACCAACAACUGGAACUCAGUAGCGAGCAUAGCAGCGUCGAAUGCUGGCAUCACGUCAUAUUCCGCACCCGGAGGCUUCAACGAUUAUGACAUGCUGGAAGUGGGCAACGGUGGGCUGACGGAAGCCGAAGAGCGAGCACACUUUGGUCUCUGGGCCAUCUGCAAAUCGCCGCUCCUGCUCGGGACGGACUUGACCAAGAUAACCAACUCCAGCCUAGCGAUAAUCAAGAACGCAGAUGUCAUUUCCGUCAAUCAAGACUCCCUCGGACUCGCCGCAUCGACGUUCACGCCGUCGGGUCAAGCAGCGCCCACAAGUGGCACGCUGUACCCAUACUGGUCCGGCCCGCUCAGCGAUGGGUUCGUGAUCGGGCUGGUCGCAGCAGACGGUGCGGGGACACUCAGCGUCAGUUUUGCGGAUGUGCCGGAUCUUGGUGCAGGGACAUACAGCUGGACCGAGCUGUAUAGUGGCAAGACUGGGAGUGGUGAUGGUGUGAGCUGGACAUUCGAGGUGGAGCAUGACAUGGCCAUCUUCAAAGUCACCGGGAAGAUUCCAUCAACGACGAGCACAGAGCCCAGCUCGAGCACGAGCACGAGCACGGCGAGCGGCGCGGGAUCGACGUCCGCCGCGGUCUCGACUUCUGCAGCGGCGACAAGCAGCUCGGCGGCAGGGCCUGCGACCACGACAUCGGCGGGGACAGUUGGCCAGUGGGGCCAGUGCGGAGGACAGGGCUACUCAGGGCCCACAGCAUCGGGCUGA